CUUCACCGGGGUCACACGUCAUCCCUGACGGAUCGCUGAGUCAGGUGACAGACGCUGUGCCCUCUGAUUUGCUGUGGCGGUCGCCGGAAGGCGCGCUCUGAUUGGUCGGUGUCUCCCGGAACUCGCAGUCGUGGCGCAAGAUGGCUGCGGCGGUGCUGGAGGUAGAAGUGGUGGGAGCCGGAGGAGCCGGGGUCAGGGAGGCGGUGGAUGAGCAGGUGUAUCUGUCUGAGCUGGCCCCGGAAGAACGAUGGCGGGUGGAACACGCCCAGAUGCACGCCAAGCACAAAGGCCACGAAGCCAUGCACGCGGAGAUGGUGCUGAUCCUCAUCGCCACUCUGGUGGUGGCACAACUGCUGCUGGUGCAGUGGAAGCAGAGACAUCCGCGCUCCUACAACAUGGUGACUCUGUUCCAGAUGUGGAUCGUUCCUGUGUACUUCACGGUGAAGCUGCACUGGUGGCGGUUCCUGGGGAUCUGGGUGCUCUUCUCGCUGGUCACCGCCUUUAUUACCUUUAGGGCUACUCGGAAGCCGCUGGAACAGACCACCCCCAGGCUGGUGUAUAAAUGGUUCCUCUUGCUGUACAAAAUGAGCUACGCCACCGGCAUCGUGGGAUACAUCGCUGUUAUGUUCACGCUGUUUGGGCUGAAUUUAUUGUUCCGAAUAAAGCCAGAAGACGCCAUGGACUUCGGCAUCUCCCUUCUCUUCUACGGACUGUAUUAUGGAGUGCUCGGGCGGGACUUUGCGGAGAUGUGCGCUGAUUACAUGGCGUCCACGAUAGGUUUUUACAGUGCGUCCGGCAUGCCCACAAAGCAUCUCUCCGACAGCGUGUGCGCCGUGUGCGGACAGCCCAUCUUCGUGGAUGUCAAUGAGGAGGGAAUCAUAGAAAACACCUACAGGCUGUCCUGCAACCAUGUUUUCCAUGAGUUCUGUAUCCGAGGAUGGUGCAUUGUCGGGAAGAAGCAGACGUGUCCGUACUGCAAGGAGAAAGUAGACCUGAAGAGGAUGUUCAGCAACCCCUGGGAGAGGCCGCAUGUCAUGUAUGGGCAGCUUCUGGAUUGGCUACGGUACCUUGUUGCAUGGCAGCCCGUUAUCAUUGGACUUGUACAAGGGAUCAACUAUUGUUUGGGGCUUGAAUGAGGUCCCCUCCCAAAUCCUGAGAAGGUCCAGGCUCCCGUACCACCCAGAGGAAGAGGAAAGGCAGCUCAAGUCAGUGGACACCUUCUCUGGAGUUUUGCUAUUGGAAUCUGGAGCUGCUUGGGCUCUCUCCUCCAAAGUGUUAUCAGCAACCUUCACUGGAGAAUUUUUGUUGUAUUAUUUAUUACAACAUUGUCUAUAAUAAUAUUUUUUUUUUCCAUUUUUGGCACUACAUGCAUUUGUGUAUUUUUAGUUUUUAUCUCUAGUGCUGAAAUGCGUUAGCCUUCCAGCACCAAAGGCUCAUUAGGUGUCUCCUACACUCCCAAAGACCUGAGAAGAGGGGUCACAUACAGCAAGUCACUUGUUGACCAAGCGCUUGUUAAAUCGUUGUAAUACCCAGAGUAUCGGACACAGAAGAUGCAGCUGCGCGUUUCGCUUUUGCACAUCGGAGUUGGAUUUAUGCUGUCUGUUGUACAUGGAGUUAUGUGUCUUUGUUUCCGUUGCGAGCAUAUAGUGCUAUAUCUGGGUCCGUGGAACGGCCUUACUUGCUGCUCUAUGUACCAGUUUCCUAUAUUUGGGGAAUUAUAAGGUUUGCCAAGGACCAACCUAACUUUAUCAUCAGGGAAGUGGUCACAGGCAGGUUUUGCCUUUUUUUAAUUGUCCUGAUAUGGUUUAACUUUUACCACGUUUAUUUUAAUAACCAAGAGACUGCAGAGGGUCUGACUCCUCAUUUUCUACAGCGCUGUGUAUGCAGCUAACAUUUGCACAUCUUGGCCCCCUUUGUAGUAAUGUGCUCUGUGGACAAGAUACAUAAGAUUUACCACUUAAUAAACCACUCCCAAUUUUCCUGGCCUUGUCCAUAGUGCAGUGCACAGAGCUCUGAUAGAGAAGAUGGCAGAAACGUGCGUUUUACAGUGGAGGUGGCAGAAACGUGCGUUUUACAGUGGAGGUGGCAGAAACGUACGUUUGUAAGUUCAGUAAGGAACCUUCCAUGUUGCUUCACUUCAUACUGAUUGGACUUGCUGGGGCCUAGUUCAGACCGGUGCCUCAUUAAUGGCAAUGGAUAAUGCAUUUAUCACCUCUCUAACUAAGGUUGCGAAUGCAGAUUUUUCAUUGGCCCCAGGUACAGGUUUUUGGUUUCCUUUAUAAAAUGUAAAUUUUUGUUAUUCCCACCUAUGCACCUUUUUAAUUUAUUCCUCCAGUGUGUACAGAACAAGCUAGAUGGAAACUGAGGAAGUUAUGUAGCGUAACAAUGGUCCUAGCAGACCCUGUUAUUGUGUCCGUCAUCCGGUCUCUUAGACAGUGUUAGGUUCUGGAGGUUCUUUCAGUGUUUCAUCGCCUGGGAUUAUCAGAACGCCAUUGUGUCAUCUACAGGAGGACAAAUGUGAAGUCACUUAUUUAUGUUUAGCUUCCGUGCGUGAAGGUUCAGGUAUUUAUACUGCAUUUACGGCACCAUAACAGAGAUGUUUCCAGCUGUAAAGUGAACGCAGAAGUAAUCCUGCACCCGUGUGCGGUUGUCUCCACGCCACGCAGAAGGCCUCAAGAAAAUAAAACCUGUAAUAAAAUUCUUUGGGUACUGAUGGUUUCCA